UACCUCAUCCACAAGGCACGUUGCACAUCCACCGCCAUCCAUGCCCGCCAGCAGCACUGACACAUCCCCUUCAGGAAUACUCGGUGGAGAUGCUGCAGUUCGUGGUCUGGUUCCAGGACUACCGCCGGCGCUUCCUCGCGCUCCCCGCCGCGGUGCAAGCAGCGUCCCCCGGCCGCUCGCACUUUUCGUUCGCCCUGCCGAAUCCCGCACGCACAGCGGAGCGCGUCAGGCUCAGCAAGGCCCGCGCCGACGCUGUCCAGUACACCGGCGGCGAUUCCCUCUGGGGCAGCGCGCCCUCCUCCCCCGCAUCCUCCUACAAGCGCGUACAGCUUGCCCCAGUCGACACCGCCCUGGCGCGGUGUGACUCCAUUCCCUCGCCGCGCUCGCUCUCGACGCCCAACUCUCCAUUAUCGUCACAGCCUUCCACCAGCUACCCUCCAGACCUCGUGCAGCCUUGCGAUCAGCCAUUCCGGGACGAGUGCACGCGCAUCGUCGCGACCUUCCUCAGACCAGACGCAGCGAAGGAGCUCCCGCUCGACCCCGCCGUCCGCGACACCGUCAUCCGGGACCUCACCUGGAACACCCACCCGGACGUCUUCCUCCCCGUCUACGAAGAGCUCUUCCACACCCUCGAGGCGGUCUCCCUCCCGCGCUUCCUCGCCGCCGCCUCCGCGAACAUCAACCGGCCCACGCAGCUCCUCUGGUACGCCCUCGGCGCAUUCGGCAUCGCGCUCGGCGUCUUCCUCGCCGUCCUCCUCGUCUGCGUCGUCCACGUGCCCCCGCAGGCGAACCGCGCGUGGCGCCUGCUCGCGGUCGUCCCCACCGUGGUCGGGAUGAUGCAGAUCUACGGCGGGUACAGGGGGUUCUGCGGCCAGGUGUGGCGCCGCGGCGCGUCGCAGCUGCACGAGUGGGAGCUCGAGGAGAUGGACGAGCAGACGGGCGCGCACUGGGACUCGCUCCUCACGCGCGCGCCGUCGCCCCCGCCGUCCGCCGCGCACGCGGACGACGCGAAGGUGGACGCACGGUGGAGCGAGCGACGGGGAGACACCGGCGAGCGUGCCGCCUCGUUCACCAUCGCCCCCUUCACCUCACCCCAACUUCGCCCCGGGUCCGAGCGCAAGCCGACGUCUGGCGGGCACUCCAGGGCGCCCCGCACCUGCCCGCUGUCCCUGCUCAGGCCACCAAAACGCGCGUUCUCCCUGAGGUCCCGCUCCCACUCCACCGCCUCCACGCUCUCGAGCGACCCCGAGAAACAGCGCGUCGCCGCCUACCCCGGCAGGCGCGCCCCGUUCUUCGGGCCCGAGAAGGUCGUGCUCGACCCGCGCAUCCGCGCGCUGCACCGCGCGGUCGUGCGGGAGGUGGUGUGUUUCGGCGUCGUCGCGAUGUUAGUGCUCGCGGCGAUCUUGUUGGCUGUGCCGGAUAGGGGACGGUAGGGGAGACGGAUGGGUUCGUAGUCGACGGGGCUUCGAGCCUGGAAUAUGGAUGAUGACCGGCCGGCCGGGGCGUGCUCGCGUCGACUGCGGCUUCGUUAGCACUCUUGCCUCUGCGGCAGAGGCUUCCGGCGCACGGCCUGGCGCAGGGAGAUGGUCCUGCAUGACAGCAAUAUGUAGCAUAUAUGUAUUUUGCUCACCACCCAGUGGACAUUCUCGGACUGUAUACUGUAGCAGUCUGAAACUCUUUGCUUGGACCCCGAGGAGGCAUCGU